AUGCCCAGGGCUGGGAAGCUGGUUGGUGAUGAAAGCAAGAAGGGAAACCUUUUUGACCUGGAGGUGCCUGUUUUGGUGCCGAAGCGGCAGUGUUACCGCUUCCUCAUGCCUGCGGCUGCCCGUCUGCCCGAGGUCAGCAGUGGCGCAGAAGAGCCAGGGGAAGGGUGCGUGCGAGCGGUCCUCAGCCGUUCCGCAGCAAAAAUACCGUCCGAAAUACGUGGCCUGGGCAGCGUGAGGGACGCGGAGUCCAUGGGGAAGGAGAUCCCCACGGAGGGGGACAAGAGGGAUCUUUGCCGAAAUUAUGAGUACGUGACUGAACCCACAGCGACCGGCGUCUUCAAUCCAAGUGACAAAGGUGUGAGGUUCGGCAGCCUGCGACUGCGGUGGUUGUGGAGGAAUGACUUAAUAUCUGCUGUCAGUCGGAAGCGGAAUGUGACUGAGGGAAAGUGCGCGGGUCACGUUUUAAUGGCAGUCUGGGUUGAUGAAAAUGUGAAGUACAGUGCCGGAGGAUUCCCGGGCUUCACAGGUCGCUUGGUUGGUGCCCUGGACGCCGUAUUAGACUCUAACGCACGCGUCGCUCCAUUUCGAAUUUUACUCCAAGUUCCAGGCUCACAGGUUUACUCUGCCAUUGCAUGUGGUGCCACUGCAGAGGAGAUAAACCAGCACUGGGAAUGGCUGGAACAAAACUUGCUCCAUACUUUGUCUGUGUUCGACAAUAAAGAAGAUAUUGUUAGUUUUGUCAAAGGGAAAGUGAAGGCGCUGAUUGCAGAGGAAACAAGCAGCAAGCUCGCCGAACAGGAGGAAGACCCUGAAAAGUUCCGAGAAGCCCUGGUGAAAUUUGAAUCUAGAUUUAAUUUUCCUGAAGCCGAGAAGUUGAUCACCUAUUAUUCCUGUUGCUGUUGGAAAGGAAAAGUUCCUCGGCAAGGCUGGCUUUAUUUGAGCAUCAAUCAUCUCUGUUUUUAUUCCUUCUUCCUGGGCAAAGAAUUGAAACUUAUCAUUCCUUGGGUUGAGGUCCAGAAGCUGGAAAGAACCUCCAACGUCUUUAUGACCGACACAGUCCGUGUCACCACUCCAAAUAAGGAGCGUGAUUUCUCCACGUUCCUCAAUAUCGCCGAGGCUUUCAGGAUCAUGGAGCAACUGGCGGAUGUGACGCUGCGAAGGCUACUGGAUAAUGAGAUCUUUGAACUGGAUCCGGGGCUACAGGAUCCUACUCAGAUUACCAAGAGGGAUCUUGAAGCCAGAGCGCAGAAUGAAUUCUUUCGGGCCUUCUUCAGAUUGCCCAGGAAGGAGAAGCUGCAUGAAGUUGUAGACUGUUCUCUCUGGACGCCGUUUAGUCGCUGUCACACAGCAGGAAGGAUGUAUACUUCAGACAGUUAUAUCUGUUUUGCCAGCAAAGAAAAUGGCUGCUGCAAUGUUAUCAUCCCGCUUAGAGAGGUAAUCAGUAUAGAGAAGAUGGAGGACACAAGCCUUCUCCCUAAUCCCAUCAUUGUUAGCAUAAGGAGCAAGAUGGCCUUUCAGUUCAUUGAGCUGAAGGACCGGGAUACUUUGGUGGAGAACCUGCUCCGGAGGCUAAAAGAAGCGAACUCCAGCAACCCAGUGCACUGGAACAACUUGCAAAAUAAGAACCAGGACACUAAAAAUUUAACAGCAACUUUUGUUUUAAAGGACGGUGAGCCUGCGUGUCUGGGAACAGAGGCUUCACAAGGCGAGGAGGGAAGCGAAUGCGGAAAGGAGAGCAGUUGCUUGCUUAAUGCAGAAGCACUAAGGUCGGACUUUCAUCAGUCAGGAAUGGCGGGCCUUGAUUUUGGAAAGUCCAGGGAGCAAAUCAAGGAGAGUCUGUGGGAUGACCAUUUUGUCGAAUAUGGCAGAACCGUGUGCAUGUUUCGCACAGAGAAGAUCAGAAAACUUGUUGCAAUGGGGAUCCCUGAAUCCUUAAGAGGCAAACUCUGGCUGCUCUUCUCAGACGCCGUGACAGAUCUCGCCUCGCAUCCCGGUUACUACGUACAUCUGGUGGAGGCAUCCAUGGGGAAGUGCUGCAUGGCGACGGAGGAGAUCGAGCGCGACCUCCACCGCUCGCUGCCCGAGCACCCCGCUUUCCAGAGCGAGACGGGGAUAGCUGCCCUGAGAAGGGUGCUCACGGCGUACGCACACAGGAACCCCAAAAUAGGAUACUGCCAGUCUAUGAAUAUUUUGACCUCCGUGUUGCUGUUGUAUGCCAAAGAGGAAGAAGCCUUUUGGCUGCUGGUUGCUGUGUGUGAGCGAAUGCUGCCGGAUUACUUCAACCACCGAGUGAUAGGUGCUCAGGUAGACCAGUCGGUGUUCGAAGAGCUUAUAAAAGAGCAACUUCCAGAGCUGGCUGAACAUAUGAAGGAUCUGACAACCCUAGCUUCCAUCUCUCUUUCGUGGUUCCUGACCCUCUUCCUUAGCAUCAUGCCCCUGGAAAGUGCUGUGAAUGUUGUGGACUGCUUCUUCUAUGACGGGAUCAAAGCCAUUUUCCAGCUGGGCUUGGCCAUACUGGAAGCCAACGCCGUGGAUCUGUGCAACAGCAAGGACGAUGGGCAGGCCCUGAUGAUCCUGAGCAGGUUUUUAGAGCAUGUGAAAAAUGAGGAAAGCCCUCUGCCACCCAUUGGUAAUCACCAUGCGUUCUUCAGCGACGACCAGGAAGCCUCUCCAGUGACUGAAAUAGCUAACCUGAUUCAUGACUCUUAUGAGAAAUUUGGAGACCACUCUGUGGCGCAGAUAGAGCACAUGCGCUACAAACACCGAAUCCGUGUCCUGCAAAGCCAUGAAGACACAACCAAGCAAAAUGUGCUCCGAGUUGUCAUCCCAGAUGUUUCGAUUCUUCCUGAAGAUUUAGAGGAAUUGUAUGACUUGUUCAAGAGGGAGCACUUAAUAAGGUGUUACUGGGAAAUGCCGAGUCCGGUGGUGGAGCGACACGACCCCAGCAGGCCCUACGCCGAGCAGUACCGCAUCGAUGCCCAGCAGUUCGCCAACCUGUACCGGCUGGUCUCGCCCUGGACCUGCGGGGAGCACACCGACGUCCUCGCCCAGAGGACCUUCCGGCUCCUGGAUGAGAACAUGGACCGGCUCGUGGAGUUCAAGGGGCUCGCCAGCUGCCUCGAUGUUAUGUAUAACGGAGAAAUGAAUGAAAAGAUAAAGUUACUAUAUAAGCUGCAUAUCCCACCUGCUCUCACAGAAGAUGAACGAGACAGCCAGUCACCGUUAAAGAAUCCUUUGCUGUCAACUUCAAGACCGCUAGUCAUUGGAAAAGCAAAUGGUGAUGCAGUAGAUUACCAAAAGCAGUUGAAGCAGAUGCUGAGGGAUCUAGCCAAAGAAAAGGAUACUAAAACUGAAAAAGAAUUGCCAAAAAUGAGCCAGAGGGAAUUCAUUCAGUUCUGCAAAACCUUGUACAGCAUGUUCCAUGAAGAUCCAGAGGAGAACGACCUGUAUCAAGCCAUUGCCACUGUGACCACACUGUUACUGCAGAUCGGAGAAGUAGGACAAAGAAGCAUCAGCCUGGGAAGCGGCUCGGACGAGUUCACGGAGGACUUGCAGCCCGAGGCCUCUGCGUUGGAGCAGGAUGCCGUUUUUACUGACACUGUGAAGACCCCUCACAAAGACUCUCAGCCUUCACCUGUGCCUGAAGUGGACUGGACUGUCUCUUUUGAACAUAUUUUAGCAUCCCUCUUGACUGAGCAGUCGUUAGUUAACUUCUUUGAAAAACCCUUGGAACUGAAGCCAAAACUCGAGAAUGCAAAGCUGAAUCAGUACAGUCUCAAAACAAAUGGAAUGAGCUGCCACUCACGGGGCGAACACGCAAAGGUAAACACACAGCAGUAGCAAAUCCAUCAAAAAUGAAAUGCACUGAAAUUACGCCAAAGCACCUACUGUAAGAGGCUUUCAGUUAGCAGUGGACUUCUGAUAAAGAAAUUGUUGGUCUGUGGUUUUCAGUUUAAGAGCUUUAAAAGCUAAGGGUGUGUACGUUUGUUUUGUGCCA